AGUACACGCGUUGGUUGCGCGCGGACGAGCCGACUCUUCUAAGUGCCCACUGGCGUACAUUAAUAGUUAGUAGAGAGGCAGAAAAAAGAUUGUGUAUAUUCGAAGUGAGGGAGAAAAAAUGGCCCACCGUUAGAUUUCUACUUCGGCAAGCGAGAGAAAGAGUGAAAGAGAGAGAGAGAAAGAGAGUGUCGAGGAUGAGAAAGGACGCGGAGAUGUCGCAAGCUGCCGAGGAGCAACGCAAGGACGCGAUCCUCGAGGAGACGUUUUACGUGUCGUCGAAGCGCAACACCGUCUACAGGGUGAGACUCAGCGAGAGGGGACUGAGCCUAAGGAAGGAAAGUCACUGCGGCAAUGCGGCCAGCAAAACCGAAACUAUCCGCGUCGAUGACAUUGUCGGAUGCAGGUGCAUGCGCUCGAAGCGCCGAAGCGCGGGGAGUUGCGCCUGCGGCCCGGGAGCGUCCCGCGGCCAGCCACGUCUCGUCGAGUCGACGGAGACGGUCCAGCCGAGCGACGAGUACGACAGCUCGGCCUACCUCUACGUGUACGCGUACACGCUGAAGCGGCGCCGGCGCGAGCGCAUGACCGUCACCUUGCGGUUUCGCAGCUUCGACCGCUACGAGGACAACCUGCGCGAGGCGAGCCGCUGGCGACUUGCCGUCAAGUGCCUCGUCGCCGGCGAGCCCAUACCCAAGCCCUACAUGAGCCCCGCGCACAGGAAUUUGCAGUCGCUGCUGAGCGCCUGUCCAACCGAGCUAAAGAAUCUGCUGGUGAUCCUGAAUCCAAAGUCGGGCCUGGGCCGAGGUCGCGAGGCGUUCCAGCGCCGCGUGCAUCCGAUUCUGUCGGAGGCCGAGUUGACCUACGACCUGUACAUCACGCGCCACUCUAACUACGCGCGCGACUUGGUGCGCACUCGCGACCUCGGUCAGUGGUCGGGACUGGUGCUGGUCGGCGGCGACGGCAUCGUCUUCGAGGCGAUCAACGGAUUGCUGCAGAGGCCCGACUGGGACACCUGUAUUAAGCGAUUGCCCAUCGGAGUCAUCCCUUGCGGCUCCGGCAACGGGCUCGCCAAGUCCAUUGCCUUCUCCAAAGGCGAGCCGUUCGACCAGAACCCGAUGCUGAUCAGCGCGCUGUCGGUGGUGCGCCGGAGGCUCAACAGGAUGGACCUGGUGCGCGUGGAGACGCGCAAGCAGACCCUGUUCUCGUUCCUGUCGGUCGGCUGGGGCUUCCUCGCUGACAUCGACAUCGAGAGCGAAAGGCUGCGCGCCAUCGGCGGCCAGCGCUUCACCGUCUGGAGCCUCGCCAGGCUCAUUAACCUGAGGACUUACAAGGGCGUCGUCUCGUACCUGGCCUGCGAAGCUCAGACCAAUGGCCUGGGCAAGAGCAACGGCGACGCGAGGAUCAGCCACUCCAAGAGCUGCGGAGACGAUCUUGACCACAGCUUCGCCAGCGAGAUACGCGAGUCGCGGAGCUUCGACGGCAUGUUCGACGUGGACGAGCGCGCGUUCGAGGUCAAGGACGAGUGCGACUACGCCGAGCUACAGGAUAAAGGUCGAGGAGUCGUCACGGAGACCUUGGCGCUGGAAACGAGCGGCAAUGAGGCGGCGACCACUGGUUUGAGGCGCAGAUGCGACAGCUUCUACUCGGCCAGGUCGCGCAAGUCCGCCUACUUUAGUACCGGUUCGGGCUCCAUCUCCAGUACUUACCAUAGCGUCGAGGACCUCAACGACAGCAACUUGGAGAGUAGCAACAUUACUUAUGGGCCUCCGUCGUCACUGCCCGCGCUCACGACCAAAGUACCGAGCUCGUGGACCAGAAUUGAAGGUGAAUUUAUUAUGGUGCAAGCCGCGUAUCAAUCUCAUUUAGGACAGGACUGCCUUUUUGCCCCCCAAGCGAAGCUCAACGACGGUAUCAUUUGGCUUUUGAUAAUCAAAGCGGGAAUUAGUCGAACAAAUUUACUACAGUUCCUACUGGGAUUCAGCACUGGCUCGCACCUUAGCUGUCCAAAUGUGGAAAUGAUACCCGUCCGAGCAUUCAGAAUCGAGCCAGCCGAAGAUUCCAGCGGUUUGCUUACAGUUGAUGGUGAGCAAGUUGACUAUGGACCUCUCCAAGGGGAAAUAUUUCCGUCACUCGCCACCGUCAUGUGUCCUUGAUAAAUAAUAAAACUGUAUCUGUUGAUGAAAGUAAAAGGAAACCUACAAAAGUAUAUUCCACGCAGCCGAGCCAAAUAACAAAGAAACAGAAAAAGAAAUCGUUUGCAAUUAAGAUAUUAUAUAUACAUUCCUAUGUCUGUUGAUUAGUGAAUAAGUAGCUGAAAGAAAAUGUGAGAGAAGUCUGACAAAGUGGCCGUCGAUUUUUUUAUAUCAACAUUUCCAGUUUUAAUCCGCAGAUUAUAUUGUGCCAGCGAUAUAAUAUAUAGAAGUAAAUGAUUUCAACGACUCCCUGCUUGUACAUGCCAACCUUACAAGUCUCUUCCGUCGGAGAUUCAGCUUAUAGUUUUGGAUAAUCCAGCACUAUAUAAUAUAUAUACAUAUACAUAUACAUAUAUAUAUAUAUAUAUGUGUGUGUGUGUGUAUAUAUAUGUGUGUGUGUGUUUUCUAGCCAAUUCUGUGAUGUCAUGUCAAAAUUAAGAUUUAGACUAUAUGUUAAUUUUUAGAUACUUUUUUAAAUGGGUACAUUGUUUGUUCUUAUUAGAUUAGUUUUUUUGUAGCUGUUUUGUAGAUAUGAUGUAAAUGUGCUUUUUGAUUGAGAUCUCCAUCAGUCUGUUGAAAAAGUAGUAGCAUGCAGAUUUUUACAUUGAUGAAAAACACUUAUUAUGAGAAUGGAAAAUAACGAGUAAUUUUAUUUUGUAAAUCUUGCGUAUAUUUCGUCCAAAAAUGAGUUAUACCGUUUAUUACACAAUAGUACCAUUAUAUACUAUAGAGAUUGAAAAUUAUGACAGAAAAAAUUCUAUGCUUUGUAACUAUGAAAGAACAGUUAUAAUAAAGAAAUCAUUUACAUUGUUUA